GGCCUGGCCCCAGCGCUGGGGGUGUUCGCCUGGAGAGGAGAAUGCCCGCGGAGCCCCUGCAGGGCCUAAAGGGGCUCCAGGAGAGCUGCCGAGGGACUGGGGACAAGAUGGCAGAACGGAGACUCCUGGUGCUUUUUGGCAGCCAGACUGGGACAGCUCAGGACACGGCAGAGAGGAUUGGGAGAGAAGCCAAGCGCCGGCACUUGCGGUGCCGGGUGGAGGCCCUGGACAGAUGUGACGUGGCCAACCUCAUCCAUGAGCCUUUGGUGGUGUUUGUGUGUGCAACCACGGGCCAGGGAGACCCACCUGACAACAUGAAGAUGUUCUGGCGGUUCCUGUUCCGGAAGAACCUCCCGGCCAGCUCCCUGUGCCAGCUGGACUACGCCGUGCUGGGCCUUGGUGACUCCUCCUACCCCAAGUUUAAUUUUGUUGCAAAGAAGCUGCACAAACGGCUGCUACAGCUCGGGGGCAACCCGCUACUGCCAGUGGCCUUGGGAGACGACCAGCAUGACCUGGGACUCUAUACUGCAGGCCAGAUGCAGUGGUUGAUCCCUGGCUUGUGGCCUUAUGGGACAAGAUCCUUGCCUUGUAUCCUCUCCCUCCUGGCCUUGAGAUCAUCGGCCUCGACGUGCGCCUGCCCCCCACAUACACCCUGCACUACCUGCCUGAGGACUCCCCACACCCCGACAGUGACCUGCUCCAGCCCACAGUCCCCCGGGCUGCUCCCUGCGAGCUCCACCCCUUCGCUGCCCGCAUGGUGUCCAACCAGAGGGUCACGGCACAGUCCCACUUCCAGGAUGUCCGGCUCAUCGAGUUCGACAUCGCGGGCUCAGGGAUCACGUGAGCAUUCUCCUGACUGCCCCAAGCUCUGUUGUGUGGGACCAGGUGUCCUGGAGCCUGCCCUCUUCCUCUGCUGCCCUUCCUCACUGAUCCCUGAGGCUGCAGCCUUGUGGUCAUGGUCCCUGCUGCGAGUCCCCAUCCAUGGAGUCGGGGGCGUAUGGAGUGGGGUCCUGCCCAGGGACCAGCUCCCUUUGCCUGUCAGAGCAGUGGGUGGCACUGGGCAUUUGCCUCCCCUGGUGUGGGUGCAGGUUGGGAUGGCUGUGCUGUGCCUGUGGCUGUGCCUGUGGCUGUGCCCCGUGGCUGUGCUUGGCAGCUCCCACUGCACCUACAGGUUCAGUGCGGGGGACGUGGUGAUGAUCCAGCCCCAGAACUGCCCCGAGGACGUGCAGCAGUUCUGCCAGCUCCUGCGCCUGGAGCCACACAGACACUUUGUGCUGGAGCCCACGGAGCCUGGCACACCCCUCCCUCCCCUCCUGCCACAGCCCUGCACCAUCCAGUACCUGGUCACGCACUACCUGGACAUCUCCUGCGUGCCACGGCGCUCCUUCUUCGAGCUCCUGGCCUCCUUCUCCACGAAUGAGCUGGAGCGGGAGAAGCUGCAGGAGUUCAGCUCAGCACAGGGCCAGGAGGAGCUGUUCAGCUACUGCAACCGGCCCCACAGGACCACGCUGGAGGCCAUGUGGGAUUUCCCUCACACCACGUGUGCCAUUCCAGCCGAUUACCUGCUGGACCUCAUCCCUCGCAUCAGACCCCGCGCCUUCUCCAUCGCCUCCUCCAUGCUGGCCCAUCCUGAGCGGAUGCAGAUCCUCGUGGCCGUGGUGCGGUACAAGACACGGCUCAGCAAACCCCGCCGGGGGCUCUGCUCCACCUGGCUGGCUUCUCUCAACCCGGAGCAAGGUGAUGUCCGGGUGCCUCUUUGGGUGAAGAAAGGAGGAAUGAAGUUCCCGGCUGACCCUGCCACCCCUGUGAUCAUGAUUGGCCCUGGCACAGGGGUGGCCCCUUUCCGAGCAGCGAUCCAGGAGCGGGUGGCACAGGGACGGAGAGGGAACUUCCUCUUCUUCGGCUGCCGAUACAAAUCCAAGGACUUCUACUGCCAGGUGGAGUGGGAAGAGCUGGUGACAAAGGGCUUCCUGACACUCUUCACGGCCUUCUCCAGGGACCAGGAGGAGAAGGUUUACGUCCAGCACCGCAUCCAGGAGAACGGGAGGCUGGUGUGGGAGCUGCUGAGCAGUGGGAAUGCUCAUGUCUACCUGGCUGGAGGACACUGUCUCUCCUUUCCUGAACAGCCCAAAGCCUGUGGAAAGACUCCCAGGAUCACCGUGCCCCUCCCUGGCCCACAGACUGAACUGUCAGUGGGGUGCCAGGCAGGAAAGUGCAGGUGGGUGAGCCUGAAAAGGGUCCUGUUUGCCCCCCAAAUUCAGAGUUUCAGCCAGACUGGGAGAAAGCUGCGGAAUUGAGUCCUGAGUUGGGUAACCCUGAGCAGCAGCCCUGGGCCAUGGGACACUGGUGUCUGCCUCCCCUUCCCGGGCCAGGCAGGCUCCAGGGAGCCAGGGUGGGAUCUGCUCUGUGACUGUUCCUAGCUUGUCUCAGAGGCAAAAAGGUUGAAAAUGUCUCUUUUUUGGAAAAAAAAUAGCUAUUUGACAUGUUUUCCAUCACAAAGCCCAGCUCCAUUAUCUUGUACUUGCGUAUCAGUGCCUGACUCAGAAACAAUGCGAUUCUUCCAAAAAAAGAAGACCUCCUUUCUGGGUAUUUUGGGAUGUUAAUCAGCUCCAAAUGCAAGUCAGAAUUCUGCCUUGUUCUUGGGAAACAGCAAGGACGUUGCCAGAUGCUCGUGCCAAUUGGAGCAGCCUGGGAAAUUUUUUAUUAGAUGUUUUUUUUGUUGCACAGGCAGUUCAUCAAAUGAAACUCCAGGAAAAAAAAAAGUCUGAAUUUCUGAUUUCCCCUAAGAAAUAAUUGUGCUUGAAA